UGUUGAACUGCUUCCCUUGAUGAUAUCCUGGUUGUAACCUUGUUUCCAGGGCUAAAGGUUAACAAGAUUUUCCAUGAUCUCUUCCACUACCAAUCCAGUGGAUGUAAAGCAGCUGAUGCCGUUGGACCAGGUUGAUCACUUUAACAGAAACCUGCCUUGGAUGUCACAGUUUGAGGUUCCUUAACACCAUCUGGACUUUGUUUUAAUUUUGUCUAGAACAGUUCUUCCGCAAUCCUGGAUCGAAGCCUAACUGCAAAAUCUGGACGUCAUCUUGUUGCUAUGAAUCUACAGUUGACUUCAGUUGAAGUUACUAUGGAUAAAAGUCAACAACAAUGAGAUGAAGUGGCGAUCCAUUUUACUGACUUUUGUCUUACUGACCGGCCGAUCUCACCGGCCUGUCACGGCCUCUGACGAACACACGGAUGUUGGACAUGAUGAGGAUGUUCACCCCAACGCCCUACGAGAAACAAACGGAGAUGUGGCGGACGUCCAAACAAGCAUGGACCUACCAGACACAAACUGGGACUUAGACAAGGACAACUACGAGGACGCUGACUGGCACCCUCCCUCUUCCCUCCUGGAAACAAACUCUGAGCUGCACCCCGACGCCCCGCCGGUGAUACGCGGCACCGAACAAACCUUCAGCCAGACUAUUGGCUCUUCAUCCGCGCACUGCGGCGAGUACAGCAGCCAGCUGACGUCCGGCGGACUGUGCCGGCUGAUGGCGACGCUGCCUCCGGUGGCGGUGGGAUCGUCGCAGCAGCGCUGCCCGGAUAUGUUCCGCUGCACGGACGACAUCUCGUACUGGCUCCACGAGAACGAGAACAGAAAGGAGCAGUUGGAGGAGCUGAGGGAGACGAUGUCAGAGCUGCAGGAGGAGCUCAGGAACCACCGGCAUCGAGUCGAGGACCUGGAGGUGAAGGGUGAAGAAAGUGAAACCUUAAACCCAAAUGUUGACCAGCAGCUUCGCUCUCUGGAGUCGAGUCUCGCCAAGGCGGACACUCUGCUCCACGUGCACGCCACGCUGCUGCACGAGCUGCAGGUGGAGCUGCACAACCUGUCGGCCGCCGUGCAGCGAAUGAGCCACGACACUGGCUGCAGCAUCAACUUCAUCAGAAUGACACCGCAGCUCAGCAUGCGAGACACACCAGACGGACAGCACAUGUCUUUCUGUUCAUCCGACUGUGCGUCUCUUUAUCACAACGGCGUUCGUCAUUCUGGUGUUUACACCAUCAUCCUGUCGCCUGGCAACACCCUGCCUGUCUACUGCGACAUGGAGACUGAGGGCGGAGGCUGGACGGUGUUCCAGCGGCGGCGCGACGGCUCGGUGAGUUUUAACCGCGGCUGGUCGGAGUACCGCGGCGGCUUCGGCGAGCCGCGAGGAGAACACUGGCUGGGCAACCAACAGCUCCACCUGCUGACCAGCCAGGGACACUACAGCCUCCGCAUCGACCUGCAGGACUGGAGCCACGCCCACAGACACGCCCUGUACCACAGCUUCAGGAUCGAGGAUGAGGAGAACCGGUACCGCCUCCAUGUGUCUGGUUUCAGUGGGACGGUGGAGGACUCGUUUGGCUGGUACCACAACCAGCACGGCUUCAGCACGCCCGACACCGGCAACAUCUGCGCCGAGAUCAGCCACUCGGGCUGGUGGUUCCACCAGUGUUUCUACGCCAACCUCAACGGCGUCUACUACAAGGGGGGGCGCUACUCUCUGAAAGCUCAGAACCUUCUCGGGCCCGACGGCAUCGUCUGGUUCUCCUGGAAGGAGUCGGACUUCUACUCUCUGAAGGAGGUCACCAUGAUGAUACGACCGCGCAACUUCAGGCCUCGUCUGCGCCACAGUGACGGAGCAGUCUGACGUACAGCACUGUAUAUAAAUAAAAAAAUAACUUUAUUGACACGUUGCCGUGGAAAC